UCCCCACGUCACGUAAACAUAACCCAACUUUCGUGAUAAUGCGCUGAAAAACCGCAUUUUUCCAAUUAAAGUGGCCGAAAUCGGGGUUAAUUGCCAGUAUUUUUGUCGUUUUAGUGAUUUUGGGCCAAAAAUUUCAGAAUGAUCUCUGAGGAAAAGUAUUUGAAGAAAGUUGUCUUGAAUAGCGACGUUUACGCCGCCUGUUUCCAACACGCCUUAACCACGGAGAAGGAGGAGGUCAUGGGGCUCCUCAUCGGCGAGGUGGACGAAGCCUCCUGCAUUUCGUACAUUUCCGCCGGUGUAAUCCUCCACCGGAGUGACAAACAGCCCGACAGGGUGGAAAUCUCCCCCGAGCAGCUGUGCACAGCAAGUGGAUACGCGGAGGAACUCGCCUCCAAGCUGCACCGCCCCAUGCGCGUCUUGGGGUGGUACCACUCGCACCCCCACAUCACCGUGUGGCCCAGCCACGUAGAUGUUAGGACCCAACUCAUGUACCAAACCAUGGACCCCCUUUUCGUGGGGCUGAUCUUCUCCGUUUACCAGAACGAGAGUGGCGCUGGGGCCACCGACAACCACGUCCAAUUGACGGCUUUCCAAGCCCUGAAACGGGGGGCGGAGUACCAAAGACGCGAAAUCGAAAUCGCAAUACAAGACUCGGAGUUUUACAAAAAUAACCUAGAAAGUAUUUCAAGUCUGUCGAGGAUUCUCACACAAGAGGAGGUGCAAAGACACGAGGGGCAAGGGGACUGUCUCGAGGACCAAUUAACGAUUUUGCACAACAAUGCCCUACAAACCCUUGCGUUGGUCCAAAUCGUGUCAAAGGUCACAAAACCGCUCUGCGAAGAUAUGGAAACCAAACUACAAACUGCGAAUUCAACAAUCAAAGAAUUGGAGAAAAUUAACAAACAAUUAACUGAAACUUAAUUAAAAUUAAAUUAAUUCCAUAAUUUUUUUAAUCGA